ACAGUGAAGUGCAUUGUGGGAUUACUACUGUGACUGGAGGAGGUGGCUAACAGACCAGGCGCUAACAGGAGCAGACGCUGAUGUCAUUACUCAAGAUUCCUUGGAAUUGUGCCAAUUGUAAAGACUAAAUAGCAGUAUAUGAUGAAUUCUCCUGAGGCAGAAUCUUCAACCCACAGUGAAAGCAAUGACAAAGCUGCCCCAAGUACUUCAAAUGUGUCGGGUCAAGAAGAAAACGUACCAAAGUCAGAGAAGUCACCUCUGAAGAGGAAAUCUGCUGGGCCAAAAAAUGCAAAGACUAAGAAGCAUAAAAAGGCGAGAGUUUCCAGGUCUGCCCAGCUUGGUUACACUGUCCAUCAAGGAGAAGACAUGCUCCUCGUCAUAUCAAAUGCCUCCUCUCAGUAUGAUGGUUCUGUCUGGAAGCCACAGAAGAGGAGAAUCAAGAAGAAAACAGUUGUUAAAGGAAAGGUAAAAUCCACACAGGUUAAGAAAUUAAAGACAGUACGUGCCAAACCGAAGCCAGCAAAUAAUCCAGUUACCAAAACAGAGGAAGACACUGCUGCUUUUGUGCCUCAAAAACCGGUGGACCACAGAUGGGGUCAAAGUCUACCAGAGGAGGUGUUAGUAAAUAUAUUUAACAUGGUGGUCGUUCAAGAUGGGGCCGUGCCAUUCUUAUGCAGAGUGGGCAGAGUGUGUCGACUGUGGAACGCUGCUGCCUCCAGUCCUGUCCUGUGGCGGAAAGUGUGUGUAAGUCACUGCUGGAUCGCAUCCGGAAAAAAACAACUACCUAAAACUGAGAAGAAAAUUAAGGAGACUUUUGACUGGCUGGCACAAAACAGAUUUUCUCAGCUGCGAGACUUCUCUCUCUGUCACUGGUCAAAGAAUGCUAAUUAUGCAGUAGAGGUUGUUUCACAGUCCUGCCCUCACCUUCGCUCCCUGAAACUCUCUUACUGCACAGGCCUGACAGCAGGAGCAUUCCAAAUCCUUGGUCAGCACAGCAGCUCACUGCAGAGCAUAAAUCUUCAGUAUUCAGAGUUUCAGGUUGAAGGACUUCUUGAGUACCUUGAAAACCAUGGACGUCAGAUCAAGCAAAUUUUGUUCACUCAUGCACUAAAGAAUGACCGACUUCUGGCUGCGUUAUCUAGGGGAUGCUGUCCCGAUUUGGAGUUGCUGGAGGUGAAUACAAAACUCGACAGUAAAAACUGUGAACUUUCCAUUUGCAUUCACGCACUGCAGACGGCAUGCCCGAAACUCAAGACCUUCCGGAUGCUGAACGUCCGACCUCUACAUAAGACGGUGCGCAGCGGUGCUGAUUCCACGUCAGGCUUUCCGUUGUUGGAGGAGCUGUGUAUUGCAACUACGUCUUACUCCUACAUGACCGACAAAGACCUGCUGGACAUUCUCUUCAGCUCCACCAGGCUGCGGGUACUGGACUUGCGAGGCUGUUCGCGAAUAACACCACCCGGUCUUGCAACAUUACCCUGUCCUGAGCUUGAGUGUCUUUUCUGGGGACAGUAUUUCAGCAGCCAUAUCGGGCUGCCAUCACCAAAGAAGGGUCUUCACAUGGUGACCCAGAAGUGGAGUCAGACGUUGCAGCAGCUGGACAUCGCAAAUCAGCUCUUUUCAGAGGAGGAUUUGGAGAUCGCAAUGAGAAACCUCGCUGAGGCCACAGAGGCGGACAAGCUGCGUUCACUCAACCUGAGUGGAACAAGGAUCACACCACCUGCCCUCAGGUCAGUUGUUGGCCAAAUGACUGGACUUAACUACCUCAACCUGUCAUCCUGCCGUUACCUUCCACGAGGAGUAAAGAGAAUUUACCGUGGCCAAGAAGACAUUCACCAACUGUUGGACAAACUGGAGUAGUUCUGCUCUUCGUUAGUCCGUCAAAAACUCGCAAACUGAUUUGAAAAGACACUUGAAAAUAAUGAAACAUUCCUCUUUGUGGAUUACUGUAUAUGCUUUAGGUAAUAGUGUGUUUUUUUACACUGGUUUGUUAUUGUAAAUGUUUCUUAAUGUGUAUAUUGUUCACAUGUAACAGAUGCUAAAGCACUCCUUUAUUGUGAGAGGGCAGAAACCAGAGGUUUGGAAUCCUGCUGUUGCUGCUGCUGCUGCUGCUGCUGCUGUAUUAAGGCCAGGUAAGAGUCCGUAACAGCACAGUCGAGUCUAAUUCAGAUACAUUUAAGUUAAAAAUGCAUUAAUUCAUUUGAAAUCCUUAAUUUAAAUUUUUGAGCCAAACACUGGUACUUUUCUCUAUAGAUUGGAAAUAAAAUGCAACUCAGUUAUCCCAACACUUUUUUAUAAAAGUUUCCACAAGUGCAUUACACAUGUAGGUCUCAUUGCAUUCACACUCAUACUAGUUCAUAUUAAUCUCAACUCCACUUCAUGUAGAUUACAUCUUGAGACUGCACUGGUGUUGGUCUGCCAUAUUUGUUAUCUUUUUUGCACUGUUCUAAUGGCUCUGUGGUAUAAUAUUGUUCUAAUGUUCAUCAGUCAAUACAUUAAAUUUGCAAAUCAUUAAGCUUUAAGUUUCAACAUUUAAAUUUAAAUUUACUUUUUAAAUUACAAAUCUUGUAAUAACUGGACUGGAACUGCUUAGAUGUCAAUGAAAACAGGGGCUGGGGUUGUUCUCAAUAACUUGUGUAUAUCAGAAUUUCUCAAAUUACCCUUUUUCUACACUUUUUACGUUGGAUAA